UUUUGUCAGGGAAAAUGAUGAACGGAGGGACUAAAGAAAUUCAGUCAAAACCUUAUUUGAUGAAGCUGUCCUCCUACGUCCUCGCCUUGCGGCCAUGGUCCCUGAGUGCUUCGGUGAUGCCUACACUACUUGGGUACGCAAUCGCUCACAAGUUCAGUGAUGCAAGGACUACUGAGUGGAGUUUCUUUAUAUUAUUGCUAACACUGAUCAUCGUCACCUCAGUUCACGGGGCUGGAAACGUUGUGAAUACGUAUUUCGACUACGUGAAAGGUAUUGAUAGCAAAAAGAGUGACGACAGAACUUUGGUAGAUCACAUUCUCUCAAAAGACGAGGUUGUAACUCUAGGUGCUAUGCUAUACGCGGUUGGCUGUCUAGGUUUCAUCACUCUCGCAGCGUUAUCUCCAGCUAAAAUGGAGCAUUUGGCUUUGGCUUACUUCGGUGGACUUUCCAGCUCGUUUCUCUAUACCGGUGGGAUUGGCUUGAAAUACAUAGCUCUGGGAGAUGUUAUAAUACUCAUAAUCUUUGGACCAAUUUCGGUUCUGUUCUCAUUUAUGUCACAAACAGGGCGGCUGGAGUGGGCGACUAUCUACUACGCUGUUCCUCUCGCUCUCAACACCGAGGCUAUUCUACACAGCAACAACACGAGAGAUGUGGAGAGUGAUCGUAGCGCAGGCAUCGUCACCUUGGCCAUCAUCAUUGGACACACAGCCUCGCACAUCUUAUAUGCCUUCUUACUGUUUACACCGUACAUAAUCUUCGUUGUUUCAGCCAUGAGGUAUUCUUUGUGGUUUCUACUACCUCUUGUGACUUUGCCCUCUGCUUUUAGCAUUGAAAAACAAUUCCGUUGUCAAGAGACCAUCCAAAAGGUACCAAAGGAAACGGCAAAAUUAAAUUUGUUUUUCGGGUUCCUUUAUGUGAUCGGACUAAGUUUGGCCGAUACUCACCGUCUUCCGUUCAUCCACUGAGUCUCGAUAGUAUAAAGAGUUUUAGUUAUGUAUCUCAUUUUACAAAAUAAUUUAUGUCUGUUGAUUAAUUUAACUAACUAGUAUGUCAUAGGCUCAUCAUUAUCCAUAUUUUUUGUAAAUAAUAUUAGUCGAUUAAGUUGUGGAUUUUUAAACAUAAUGUUUGAGUAUGUGCUUUGUCUGUGUAAGUCUACUUAGAUUGUGUUAUUUAUUUAUGUAUAGUAUUAUUAAAAGCUGUAUUGAAGUAAGGAACUUGGAUAGGUAACAUUUAAUCCAAAGAUAUUAAGUUUCAAUUAAUUAUGAUUAAACUAGAUUGAAAUUUUACCCAGCCUUAAAAUAUUUUGUUCAGAAAUCAUCUAAAAUAUUAAUCUAGCUCUGAUGUGUAGCCAAAGGAAUUUAUAAUGUGAGUUGAAAGUUAUCUUUUUGCCCUAUUUAAGUGAUCAUUUGUAACAUAACGUGUAAAAUAUAUAAUGUUUUUCCAGUUGA